CCUGAAUGGUACUACGUUCCUGAUCUCUGGUCCAAUCUUCUUUCGGUCUAAUAUCAAUUACGCGAACUUGAUUACGGCGUUAUCGUAGGUAAUUCGAACGCGAUUAUUUUUAUUCCAUAUCCAUAUUCGAUUGUUAACGCCGCAGUCUGCGUGAUAAGGUAUUACAUAACCACAAAACAUUGUUGAUCUUCAUCGAUCAAUUCGGAUCGAUGAUCUCGCGUGAACUUUUGUUUGUUUGUCAAUUCAGCUUUUUCUUGUUCAUAACGUGUUAUUCGGUGAGCUGCGUUGUUAUCGGAUGGAAACUGCGUCAGGAUUUUCAAUUGUUUCGUGGUGACUUUGUUGUUGUCUGAAAAUGGUGGAAGCAAACGAAAACGCUGCAUAUCCGGACGAGAAUCCAUUGGUUUUCUACUCAAACCCUGGCCAGCUGCAGGAGUUGGCUUGCAUCGCUACAAUAGCUUCCGUAUGGUAUCGUCAAAUGGAUACUAAUCAUGCUGACAUUACCCCAGAAAAGCUAAUAGAUGUGGAUUACUCAGAAUUCGCUCGGCUGCCUUCAGUUCUCAAGCAAAUGAUCAAAGAACUUAUCCCUGCGGUAGAAAGGUCUUUCAAGAGAUGGCUCUACUUUCACCACCUUAAUGUUUUUUCGUAUCGCAAUACAGAUGCCCUUGUUUUCAAUUUAAUGGCGUUUAUUUCGUGGCGUGCCGAUGGAACAAUUAGUUAUGAGCAAACGGCUAAAAAAAUGAUCGAGUCCGAUAUGUUGAGUGACACUGAGAAAUACAGAAUCGCGUGUUUGUACUGUUUCGUCGACGAUGUCAAAAAACUAUGGCCGAUGGAGACUGCUGCUGAUCAUCCGCUGAUUCAGUAUUGGAAUUAUCGUAUGAGUGGAAAGCCGUGCGAGAUUCCGCUGGAUCCGGGUUGUAGCUGUAUCGAAGCUUCGUUGUUGAAACACAUAGACGCUGAUACUCGGUCAGGGUUCGAGUAUCUUUGGGGAUUUUUAACCGACGAAGAACGAGUGACAACGGUUAUACAAAUAAGUAAUCGCUAUAGUUCCUACGGUCCUCAGGUAUUCUUGACGGACGCGCUGUGUAAAUUGAACGAACGUCAACUCGAGCAUACAGUGAAUAGGUGUGCUGACAUUAUUUUCCGCUCGAUGGUACGCAAUUGGAGAGAUUUGUUGAUUCAAUUUUGGAGUCGCGUGAAGAAAAUGGUCAGAAAUGACCAUUUCUACACAAUAAUCCGUGCUUUUGUGUGGUGGGAUCUGAGAUGUAUUGAAGAGCGAGGAGGAUCGGCUUUUCAAGGAUACAAUUUCGCUUUCGAGAUGUGGAUCAGUGCACCGAGUGCGCUGAAAAAUUAUAUACUGGAUAAUCAUUUGCGAGAAAUAUUGAACCUGUUGCUCGGUUUUCUCAAGAAUGAGAGUCACCGUCUGCCUUUUCAAGACAUCAGAUUUUUGAUCGAGUUGUUGUCGUCAACGAGUCAAGCCAAUAGGGACAGAUUUUGGAAAGAAAACUGGCGAGAAAUCCUGCGUAUAUCCCCAAAGCGUACGCAACAGAUCAUGAAGUUGUGCCUUCGGAGUGAUGAUGAGAUAGCCUUGUUUAAGACAUCCCAAUUAAUCUCACAAAUUGAAGAAUACUGUUUAAAAAUGGUGAACGGUGGGAAUUUCAGUGAUCUGAGCGAUUUUCUUGAGUUAUGUUUCGACGAUCCGGUUGUGGUUUUCACUCACAGAGUGAGCGUCUUGAAAUCGAAAGAACUGCUCGUGCAUUUCAUCAAUAAUUGUUGCUUUCCUCCGCUGGAAAAAUGGAAUACUUUUGAAGCAUUUCUCAAGGAGACUUUUCCCGAUACAAAUGAAUUAAACGAGUUCAAAAGAAACUUGAUCUUCGGCGAAGAGUCGAUGGCAUAUUUUCGGAGCUUGCAACAUAGCUGGCAUUUCAGAAGUCUCGCACUUUUUGUCGACCAUGUUCUCUCCUCGAUGCCAGAAUUAUUAUCCUUGGCUAAAAACAGAUUCUUGGAGUUGAGUCGUGAUUUCUUAAUUUUAGGCGAGUUGCGAUACGUGAGUAGGAUCGAUGAUUGGAAUAAUUUCAUCAAAUGGUGUGUGGAUAAUGAUGAUUCGGCUGUGGAGAAUUUCAAGCUGUCGUUACCCGUUGAGCAGAUUUUCAACGCUUCUUUUGAGAAAUGUUCGGCGCUUGCAAAGAAUUUUGGAAGAACGAACCUUUUUGAUGGGAUGGAAUGGCUGAAGUGGGUUUUCCCUACGCAAAAAGCUUUACAAAAUUUUAAACUUGGUAGACUUGGCGCUCACGAAGAUAUUCCGCAGAUCAGAUCGGUAUUCGAAUCGAACGAUGUGGAACUGAUCGAUAAUGUUUUGAUGUGGUUUUUUAACGAUGAUAAAGUGCAAGUGGGAGAGUUCAAAGUUUCCUUGAAUCGUGCCAUGUUUCUAAAAUUGAAACAAAGAUCUACAACGAAAAGUUUGAAUGUAACUUUGUAUCGUUUGAGACAAGAAGAGUUUCCUGAAGCGUCUUCGUCCCGGGCGAAGUUGAGGAAACGAAAGAAGCGAUACCAAACGGAUAAUUCGGAGGUUUCAUCCUAUCGUGCGAAAUUGCGCAAGCGGAAAACCGCCUCUAAAUAAUGCCAAUUUUUUCAAGAAAACGAUUGAAAAAUAUGGCCGAAUAAUUUGAUAAUUUCGUUUCAUUUUUUCGUUCUGCUCGCAAAAAGAGCUGAUCUUUAAUUGUUGAAAUUAUUGACACUUUAUUUGUUUUGUUUUUCAAAUUUUUUGACCAAUUUUUUAUGGCAUCGAUGUGUUGAUGUUUUGAUAUUGUACGUGUCAGCGUCACACAUGAGAUUUUUCUGUUCUACGUAUGUCGAAUUUUUUUCUUAAGUUAAUAAUUAUCACUUUAUGUACUAACUAAAUAAAUUGUAAUCGAAUUGGGUA